AACCGGAAUCCGAACCAGAACACUGAAAAAUAACAGAUUCCGACCAGAAUCUCCAAAACCGAAGCGGAACUGAACUAUCUAAUCUGGGCGACCACGAACUUGUUCUGUUCGUCUUCAGACUUGUUUAGUUGAAGGGAAAGAGAAGAAAAAGAGACAGAGGGAAUAGAUCUGAGGAGAUUGUCGGAGCCAGAAGCAGGAAGAUGGGAGAUAUUUGGACAUGGCUUAUAUCCUUCUUCUUCCUCAUCGCACUUGUCGGAAUCAUCGUCUAUCAGCUUGUAUGCUUAGCGGAUCUUGAGUUUGAUUACAUCAACCCUUACGACUCUGCAUCGAGGAUAAACUCCGUGGUUUUACCUGAAUUCAUUAUCCAAGGAGUUCUAUGUGUAUUCUAUCUCUUAACAAGACACUGGUUCAUGUCACUCUUAUGUCUCCCUUAUCUCUUCUACAACUUCCAACUUUACUCGAAGCGACAGCACUUGGUAGAUGUCACGGAGAUAUUUAACUUGCUUAACUGGGAAAAGAAGAAACGGCUGUUCAAGCUUGCUUACAUAAUCCUUAACCUCUUUCUCACUAUCUUCUGGAUGAUUUACUCGGCGAUGGAUGAUUACGAGGACUGACUGAUGAAAAGGCGAUCUAGCUUUUUUGGUUUUUCAUCCGCGGCGCCGGUGGUGGUGGACAUGAGACAGAUGAAAGAACAAAGUGUUUGCUUGUGGUACAAGUUUAAUGUUGUUUGUAAAAUUACUAGCAGAAAGAUUUGUGUAGUUUUGUUUCUUUCUUAGUAACAUUUUUUUCAGAUCCUGAUAUCUGACAGAAACAUUACAACUUAAAAAAGUUCAAUGUUAGAAAAAAGUUCGGUAA